ACAACGAAAAACGACAGCAAUGGUCAUUUUCAUAUUCAUAGCAAAAACCUGCUUUGUUAGACUUAGCGAUCGUCAAUGGCCGCCACUACCACCACUACCCCUAGCAGCAGCAGCAGACGAGUUCGGGCAUUCAAGCGGUGGAUGAAGUCCCAAGGGGUCGACUGCAGCGACGCCCUCCAGCUCUGCGACUCCCCUCUUCAAGGCAUCUCCGUCAGAGCGCUCUGCGAUCUCACCGAAGGUGACGUGGUGGCCACCAUUCCCAAGCUCGCCUGUCUCACCGUCCGGACCACUGGCGCCCGAGACCUCAUCGAAGCUUCCUCUUUCGAUGGCACUCUCGCUCUCUCAGUGGCUAUCAUGUACGAAAGGAGCCUCGGCCUGCGCUCCCCUUGGGCCCCUUAUCUCAAUGCCAUGCCUUACCAAGAGUGCUUGCCGUUGGUUUGGACUCCACAAGAAGUUGAUAGCUUCCUCUGCGGUACCGAGCUCCACAAGACGGUGAAGGAAGACCAGGCUCUUAUACGUGAGGACUGGGAAGAGAGUAUUUUGCCUCUAUUGGAAUUGGAAUAUUUUCAGCUUGAUCCCAGCUUCUUUGGCGUGCAAGACUAUUUUGCUGCUAAAACUCUCAUUGCUUCUCGGUCUUUUAUGAUUGAUGACUUCCAUGGUUCUGGAAUGGUCCCUUUGGCUGACCUCUUUAAUCAUAAAACAGCAGCUGAGGAUGUACACUUCACAUCUGUUUCUUCUCACUCUGAAUCUGACAGUGAAACUGACGAUAACAACGAAUAUGAACGGGACCAAACUCCUCCAAUUUCUCCCACAGAUGAUUCAGAUAUAGGGAUCACUCCUUCAGGGAGGAAGUCUCCAGCGGACUUCCCUUCUGACUGGGGAGAGGAGCCUGCAGCUAUGGAGAUGAUUAUGGUCAAAGAUGUCAAAGUUGGAUCUGAGGUAUAUAACACUUAUGGCUCAUUAGGUAAUGCUGCACUACUUCACAGGUAUGGAUUUACAGAGCCUGAUAACCCAUAUGACAUAGUGAACAUCGACAUGGAAAUAGUACUUGAAUGGAGCUCAUCUUUAUUUUCUAGCCGACACAAUAGAGCAAGGGUAUCUCUGUGGAGAAAAUUGGGAUUCUCUGGGUGUGACAGCCAGGACUCAGAAUAUUUUGAGAUCUCGUUCGAUGGGGAGCCCCAAAUAGAGCUACUAAUUUUGUUAUACAUAAUGGUGUUACCAGAGGAUGCAUAUUACAAGUUGGAUUUUGCAGUGUCAACUUCUGUGAAUUCGGCAGGGGAGUUGAAGGAAGGAAUUGGCAUGUUUUUGUUGAAAGGAACUUCAGAGCCAAGCGGCGACAUGUUCAUGAACAAGAGUGUAGGCAAUGCUCUAUUGUCAGUUGCAAAUAUUAGAGAGAGUCUUUAUGGUUCAAACACAUUAGAGGAUGAUAUCGAAGCAUUCGAAAAGUGUUGUUGCGUAAGAGAGAAGAAGUUGUACCAUUCUUUGAUGCUUCGAAUUGGCGAAAGAAGAAUUCUUCAGAAGCUCAGAAGUUAUGCUGCUGAGGCUGCUCAUUUGAGAACUAGUAGGAGAGCUUCCACAAAGAAGAAGUUAAAAAAGACUUAAAAUGCAUCUGAAAUUUCUGUUGUAAUGGUUUGAUUGUUUUUUGUACUAUUUGGUGUUUUUAAUUAAUAUUUUUUCAAUUUGAAAGGCCAAAACAAGGUUAGGAAUUUUUGUUUUUCCAGUUUGGUUAGAAUAGUUAAAGGAGUCCAUUUUGAUUAUCAAUUUCUACAAUUAUUUACAACUUUAAGUUUAAAAAUUGUAAAUUUAAAGUAAUAUUUAAUUUACAGGCUGCUAUGCUAGACUCUUGUGCAUAUAACUGGGAAGUUG